AUGAACAUGAAGUGCUUCGACCCUCGUGACCGGGUGUACGGGACGUUAGGUCGUCUACCGGACGAUCAGCGUGGGACUUUCGGGCAUUUCAGCGAUACGGCCAGCUUGAUAGAACUGUACACAAGCUUUGGCCAACGAGUUUUGACCCAGCCGGACCCAGUCGCACCCAUGUGGUUCGCACUCUUGCAAAGGGGCACUAUUCCAGGCAAGAUGAGUAACCUCCCCAGCUGGUGCGCAGACUUCCAUCAGUCUUCAGAGUCUCUCGAGUGGUACGAGGAUGGUACCACGUUAGGCUUGGACACGAGAAGGAACUUUCAUGCGAGCCGGAAGAAUAUCACUGCGUUGCCAAGAGAGGGCACCCAUGAGCUUGUUUCUCGAGGAUCUCUCGUGGACGACAUUUCCCAGAUCUACGAACGGAUUCCGAUCGCCUUAGACUUUUCCAGGCGCGAAAUCAAUACAACAGAGGUCCUUGAAGCCUAUUUACACCUAAGGGAAUUCGAACGGAGUAUUGCAAGGAACUCGCUUUCUCCAAGGGCUUUCGAAGUGACAGAGUCCCUGGAGCCCCUUGCGGGGGUCGAGGAGGAUAACAGAACCGAAGUAGACCGCCUCUGUAAGACGCUAUUCGGCGGCUUUGAGACAUUUCAAGGUCGCGAGGUUACAUUUGAAUAUUACUAUGCCUUGCGACGCGGACUUGACGAGCUUGCGGCAUCCGUGGAGAGGCUUGGCUUGCGAGACAAUGAGGUUUUCAGGGCCUUGACAGUUAAUGACGCGUUUCAGAAGGCAUUCUUCUGUGCCAUGUACAGUAUUCUCCACCCGAAAGUAUUUGUCACAACUGGGGGACGGCUUGGCCUGGGUGGGGGUUCAAUGCAUACUGGGGACAAGAUCAUCCUCUUAAACGGAGCGCAAAUGCCUCAUGUGGCGUAUCUAUCCGGCGCAAUGCACGGGGAGCUUGACGACCUCAACCUUCCUGAGGUAGAUAUUAUCUUGGUAUAG